AUGUCAUACAUGGAUCUCGCAUUUUUUAUUGUAAAUAGCGUACCUACAAUCCUGAUGGCUCCAUUAAUAGGAACAUGGUCUGAUAAACACGGGCGCAAAGGUCCUCUUCUCUACACGAUGUGCGGCUUUCUGCUCUAUGCAGUUUUUCAGUUAGGGGCUGUGUUAACAUACGAGUUUAUCAAUAUCUAUUACUGGUUGUUUGCUGCUGAGUUACUUGUAGGACUUACGGGUGGAAUAGGAAGCAUGCUUGGGACAUCUCUUACUAUCGUCACUGAUGAUUGUCGACAUAAAUUGCAGCCG